GCGCCUGCGCGGUCCGGCCCGAGACUGGCGGCGGCGAUGGAGCCCGCGGCGCCGCGGAACGAGCUAGUGUCGGCGGAGGGCCGGAACCGGAAGGCGGUGCUGUGCCAGCGCUGCGGCUCGCGGGUGCUGCAGCCGGGCACGGCGCUCUUCUCCCGCCGGCAGCUCUUCCUUCCCUCCAUGAGGAAGAAGCCGGCUCUGGCCGAGGGCAGCAGCCCCGAGGGCGACCUCCUCCAGGAGCACUGGCUGGUGGAGGACAUGUUCAUCUUCGAGAACGUGGGCUUCACCAAGGACGUGGGCAACAUCAAGUUUCUGGUCUGCGCAGACUGUGAGAUCGGACCCAUCGGCUGGCAUUGCCUCGACGACAAGAACAGUUUCUAUGUGGCCUUGGAACGGGUUUCCCAUGAGUAACUGAGGGGAGGGGGCCCAGCUGCACCCCCAAGUAUGAGAGCGGCCCCUUCACAAGAACUGGUUCUUAACCUGGUGCAACGGUUCUGCUGCUGCAUCUCUGUCCUAAUUACGAGAGUGGGUACAUCCAGCCGACCGGGCGGGGCCCACCCUGCUUCCUCGGAGCCUGGCGUGCACCUCUCGUCAGGUCACGUGGCACCGCCCCAAGUCCUGAGCUCCCUUCCCCCAGUUGCGGACACGGCUCAUCUCACACUUCUUCUCUCACCCCUGCAUCCUGCUGGGCUCUCCUUUACCCGGGGCUCCCCUGCUGCUUGCUCUGGACAAGUAUCGCCCACCUUUCAGCCACGCGAUGCUCAUGUGCUGAAAGUGGAGGCUUCACCUUUUUCCUCUCAUUCAAGAAGGCACACAGAUGUCAGAGUGACUUUGUUGUGUGGCUGACUUCACAGGCAUUUAUUCUUUUUAAACGUAUAACCUUUACAAGCUUUAGUAUUUAAUCAGAAACGCUGCAGGUGCACCCCUAUGCCAGGUGUGAGAACCUCACCUCCAGGUUGAUAGAAGCCUUUCGUGGUGAAGAUGAAUGUGGCCCCUCUUCCCUUCAAACCCUGAUGAGGUUGACAGCCUGUAUGUUGAGAUUCAGACUUUCAGCCCCGUCGGGAGCCACCCUAGGAAAGCUCAGCCUGGGCCGUUUUCCCAGGAUCUAAGACCCCGGAAGAGGACGGGGGGUCUCAGGGGAAUAGGCCUUGGCCAUAUUGCACAGGAGUGUGUAGGUUUGUCUUUUCUGGACAAGUUACUGCUUCCUUUGUUCCCAAGAAAGACUUCCUUAAUGGAUAAUGUCAUUUACUGAACCUGCUGGGCCUGGUUCGUUUGGAAUCUCUACACCAACCCCCAAUACAAACCUUCCAUCCAGAGGCCUCUGUUGCUACAGCUGGGGGGUUGCUCUAACCGUGUGACUUUAGCCAAGUAUCUCGCCUUCCACUAGGACUUUAGUGGUUCUGUCGUUUCUCUUCUGGAAGGACUCGCCUCAGCAGGACUCUGUGCAGCCAGGUCCAGGUUCCUCCCCAUCGCCCAACUCCCAGACCCAGGAGACCUGGCAUUGCACGAGGACUAACUCCAGACCGCCUCUCUGAGUCCGUUUGUCCCCUCCCCCCCUGAGCUUACUCUAAGGGCUCCCUCAGUAACGGUGGGCCUUGGGCAUGGUUUUGCAACUGGCCUACUUCCUCCUCCUCGGUCAGAGCUCCAGCAGAAAUGAGAGAACCGUUUUCUAGACAAGUGGUCUAGUGUCCAUGAUUAUGGCAUUCACAGAAAGACAACUGUGAGAAUUCUCCACUCAGGUUGGAAGGAACAAAACCAAGUAGAUGCCUCUAUGGGCGAGUGGCCCCUCCUAGCACCGCCAAGCCCAGGCAAAGCAUUCUCUAAAAUUAGGCUUCGACUUUUCUUUCCUUUUUUUAAUCACAGAAAUAGUACCCAUUCAUUGCAGAUAAAUACAAAAAUGGGCAUAAUCCCUCGUAUUUCCACCAUCCACAAAUUGCCAGUGGUAAUGCUGUGUAUGUCCAUCUCAAUGUUUUCUAUACGUAUGUAUGGUUUUUAAAACAAAUAGGAGCCCAUACUCUGUUAUAACUUGCUUUGUCCAUUUAACAACACACCAACUCCUCUUGCGUGUAGAUAUCCCCUGGUGUACACCCUUGUUUUUAGUCUGCCCUCGUAUUUCUGUAUUUAUUUAAACAAUCCGUUAGGUUGUAGCUAAACCUGUAUGCACAUUCCUAAUUGUUCCCUUGGGGUGAAACGUGGGAUCGCAGGGUGUGCAGUGCACAUGCCUCAGGAUUGGCCGUGCUAUUCACCCUCCAGAGUAAGACAGGCUCGCGUGGCUGAACCGUCCCAACACCGGGCAUGUGUUACCAUUAAAAGACUACGUGGCCCUGGCCACGAAACUCAGUGGGUUAGAGUGUCGUCCAGAUAUGCCCAGGUUGCGGGCUCAACCUCCAGUCAGGGUAUACAUGCAAGAAUCAGCCAGUGAAUGCACCAAUGUGUGGAACAACAAAUCCAUGUUUCUCUCUCAAAAAGAUAUAUUUUGCCACUUUAAUAGAAACAAUAGUCUCGUUUUGAUUUGCAUUUGUUAUUUCUAUUGAAGUUUUUAUAUACUUAGUGGUGAUUUGUAUCUUUUUUUUUUUUUUUGAGAAUUGCCAAACACUGUUGCCCAGUAGCCAAAAAUAUCAAGUUGUUUAUCCUGCCUUUUCAGUUUGAUUUGAAAGAAAUAAAGGCAUUUAAACAAUGGAAA